UAGUCGUCGGAAAAACAGGAUACGCCAUGUUGACGAGAGACCGACAUUUUUAGUGAAAAAAUGACUAUAUAGUUCACUUCGUCGACAGGAGAAGCUAAGAUGGCCCACAGUGGAGCGACAGAAGCGGGAUUCAUGGAGGAUAGGUGUGCCAAGCAGGAGUCCGGGCUCUGUGGAGAAAGGGACGGUCGGGUUCGGGCUGUCCGAGCUGCUCUUCUGUCCGAGUUGGGCCCGUACGAGCCGGUUCUGACCUACCUGCAGUCCGUCCUGGUGUGGGAGAGACCCCUCCAUACUGUCCUCCUCUACAUUGUUGUCAACGUCGUGUUCUGGUUCUUUGCUCUGACGUCGCUGCGGCUGCUGUUUCUGCUGCCUUCUGGCCUCGCUGGGCUGGUAUUUGUUGAUGCGUGGAGGAACAAGAUCUGGCCAGAGAUAAGAGUCAGAAAGCUGGAUGAAUCAGAAAGUGAGAGCUGGGGUCUGGUGCAGCCCGGUGUCCUCAGCGUGCCCGAACUGUGCCACCACCUCGCAGAGGCCUGGGUCAGUGCCUCGGUUCUCAAAUCUAGAAUGAUGGAAUUCAAACGUCAGAACCCUGGCAAUUUCUGCAUCCUGACCUGUGGCAUCUUCUCCUGCUUGGCUUUGAUUGGAAACUACAUUCCUGGACUGGUGCUCUCCUAUUCUUCUUUGUUGGCCACUCUUCUGGCCCCGCUGGCCGCCCAUCACAGGGUUUUUCAGAAUGUGUGUGGGAAGCUGGAGCCGGUCCUGCAGCGGCUGGACUUCAGCGUUCGUGGAUACAUGAUGUCAAAACCUAUCGAUAAUCAGUUCCUGCGAAUGCCGGUCCGGGGCUCGGCCUCGGGUGAAGCCAGCGACAGUGAGGAGGAGCUGGCUGCUUUCUGCCCAACAUUCGACGAUGCUGUUGUUGCAAAGGAACUUGCUUUGACAGACUCUGAGCACUCUGACGCUGAGGUUUCCUACACUGACAACGGAACAUUUAACCUCUCACGUGGUCAGACACCGCUCACAGAGGGCUCUGAAGAUCUUGACAGACACAGCGAUGCUGAGGAAUCUUUUGCCCAAGACCUCCCAGACUUCCCGUCCAUCAACCCUGAUGCCACUCUGAUGGAUGAUGACGACGACACGAGCAUCGGGCUGCCUAGUCUAGGCCCAUCAGGGCUUGCUAGCCACCGGGCUUCAGUGCUGGAUGUAGAUGCUCAUCUGGACUCUGAUCAGGACGAUCUGGAUCCAGAACUGUCUCUCGGCUCUCUCAGCAGCCUUCCACCUGCUUCGCUCUCUGGAGAACUGGCCGGAGUCAUUGCCAGCAACAUGAUUCAGGCGGCGCUGGCGGGGGCGAUGCAACCUCGGCCUCCUGCCACCCAGCGCAGACCGAGCCACCCCAAAAGCGGGGGUCACCGAAGCUACCGCAAACAGUCCAGCUCUGAGUUUGACACGGACUGGGACGUAGAGGACUUUGAAAUGCUGGAUCAGUCUGAACUGAACCAGAUGGAUCCCGCUGCUGAUGGAGGAGGGGGUUCCAGACGGGGCGAGCGCCACGGGUCCAACUUCUUAUCGAGCCUGCUUGGUAAACCACAGUGAGGAGUGUGUGUGUGUGUGUGAGCUGCAGUUAAAUGGGUAGUGUGCAAAAAUACGAGCGUGAACAUGUGUGUGAGAUGAUUUUAGGUUCCAGCAGCCUUGUUCUGGUAGGCGUCAGUACAUCACUGUGAAGUAUUUCAUUUUCCUUCCUCUUUUUGAAAUCAUAUUUUAUAUUCUUCAACUCUUAUCACGAAGAGUUUUUACUUUGUAGGCUGAGCAAUAGGGAACACAACGAAAACAAACAGCACUUCUGAACCUUACUGCAGUUUUGCAACUCGAUUCGUCCAGAACAUGCACGUACGUGUGCUCCGUGAAAUGUUUCUACACGAGGACUCAACAUACAGGGCGUUCUAAACACAGGACCAAAAACAACAUUCCUGUUGCUUAACCUGAGCCAUCUUUGAUAACCAACACGAAUAAAAAGCAUUUAAUGCUAAAUACAUUACAUCAUUGCAAUAUUCAUACCUUUAUGAACCAGAUAUAGUUAUUACUGCUAUAACUCAAUCCUUUAAAUCAUUCAUUGCAUUUGAAUUUGAUGUUACAGGUUCUUGUAGCUUCAUUUAAGUUUUUAAACCCUUUAUCAGGUAAUGUGGUUUUGGACAAAUUUGCAUCUAAAACAAGAAGCAUAAAAAUGAACAAUUUUAUCCUUGUGUCCCUCUUUUCUGCUGAUUUACUUGUAGAAACACUUUAUUUUUUAUUUGUUGGCCACAUCAAAGUCUUAACUGAGCCAGAAGAGUAACGUUAUGUUUGUUCUUGUGUCCUCGUGGUUAAUCCUCAUGUCAAGUUUAGAAUAUUUUCCC